GAACAUUCUUUUACCAGCUACAUCUAGCGGAACUCGAGCAGAGCAUUUUGAUCCAUCCAAUCACCGUCGUCUUCAUCGUAGAAUCAGAGAGAAAUGGCGAAGCGUUUGAUCCCGACACUUAACCGUGUAUUGGUGGAGAAGAUUCUUCCACCGUCGAAGACUGUCUCCGGCAUUCUCUUACCGGAGAAAUCAGCUCAGUUGAAUUCGGGGAAGGUGAUAGCAGUUGGUCCUGGAGCUAGAGACAGAACUGGGAAUCUGAUUCCUGUUUCGGUUAAGGAAGGAGACAAUGUCCUUUUGCCUGAGUUUGGUGGUACUCAAGUUAAGCUUGGAGAGAAAGAGUUCCUAUUGUAUAGGGAUGAAGAUAUCAUGGCUACACUUCACGAUUGAUGUGUUGAAGAAAUAGAGUUUGGUUAUUGCUCUUUCAUUUUGUUGUCUGCCAUUGUUAUGAGUUUGUGAUUGUUCUUUACUACUGUUGGCAACAAGUUCUUAUAAUUCCAAUAAUCUAUUAUGAUUGAGAAUGUCUUAGA